GAUUUCACUCCCGUCCGUUCAGAGGUUUAUAGCCUUCUGUAUGGUCGGUCUGUCACUCCUGGAGUAUUCCUAAAUCGCUCCCACCACUUGAAUCUGGGACACAUUUUGUCAGCAGCCCCGAAGCAUGGCUCCCUCUGUGGUAACUGAACAGCCAGUGUAAUUUGACACUUCAACUUGCUGUGGCUCUGUACGGUAGUUGAUUCAGUCACUCACACACACCAACGGUACAGUGGGCGCUAUUUUCUUGUAUUUUAAAGUGAAAAGGAACGCAGUAUACACGAGAUUCGGGAAAACAAAGUGGAUUUCUUCUUCUAGCCGAGGUUCCAAGCUAAAAGUCCGGUGUACGGUGAAGACCAGUGAGGACCGCUCCUGAAGGAUAUACAUGAAGGGAGGGGUGGGGGUGAGGGGGGCUUGUGACAUCACUCCCAGCCCAGGUCAGAGUCCACACAGGCGUGUUCUAUGAUUGAUGAGGAAGUAGCGAAGGCUUUGGUUAAUAGGAAACACAGGAACCUCCCUCUCCACUGAGUGUUGAUGGCGUCACGUUAGGCUAGAGGAAGCAGGAAGCAGUCAUCAAGAUGAACGCGUUGCCGUCGAUGGACCGGCACAUCCAACAGACCAACGACAGGCUGCUGUGUAUCAAACAGCACCUACAGAACCCGGCUAACUUCCACACAGCAGCGACAGAGCUGCUGGACUGGUGCGGAGAUCCCCGAGCCUUUCAGAGACCCUUUGAACAAAGCCUCAUGGGAUGCCUAACGGUGGUGAGUCGUGUGGCAGCCCAACAAGGCUUUGACCUGGACCUAGGCUACAGGCUGCUGGCUGUGUGUGCUGCUAACAGAGACAAGUUCACGCCCAAGUCUGCAGAAACCAACACCUGCAGGAGAUGUCAGAGUGACUCAGCCUUGCUGUCAUCGUGGUGCGAGGAGCUGGGUCGCCUCCUGCUGUUGCGUCACCAGAAGAGCAGACAGAACGAGUCCCCUCAGGGCAAAGUCCCCAUGCAGCCCAACAUAAACACCAUGAAACCCCCUGGAGGACUCUCACAUGGUGAUGGGUCAUUUGCCUACGACUCAGUUCCAUGGCAACAGAACACCAACCAGCCCCCGGGGUCAUUGUCUGUUGUUACCACCGUGUGGGGUGUGACCAACACGUCACAGAGUCAGGUGUUGGCCAACAGCUCCAGCCAUAUGAACCCAGGAGGUAACCCCAUGGGCCAGGGUAUGUCUGGGGGUCCGGCAGGCCUCAACUCCCCCCAGUUUCCCGGCCAGCAGCAGCAGUUCCCGGCCAAGGGAAGCCAGGGUCAGGGCUACAUGCAGCAGGGGAUGUAUGGCAGGCAAGGAUACCCCGGUGGAGGGGGCUACAGCGGGAGUUACCCAGGUGGUCCUAACACUCCCCCAGGGGGGAUGGGCAUGCCCCAACACUCCCGCCAGCCUGGCGACUUCACCCAACCAGCAGCUGCAGCUGCUGCCGCCGCUGUUGCCGCCGCCGCUGCUACGGCAACCGCCACAGCAACUGCUACCGUGGCAGCCAUGCAGCAGGAGACCCAGAACAAAGAGAUUAACCAGUAUGGACAGAUGUGUUCCUCCUUCCAGAUGGGCCCAGGCCAGGCCUACAACAACCAGUUCAUGAACCAGCCCGGCCCCAGAGGGCCCCCUGGAGGCAUGAACCCAGGCAGCAUGGGCCAGGCCAUGAACAACCCGAGCAUGGGUGGGCCUACCAUGGGCAUGAAUCAAACUCAAGCCCCAGGCAUGGGGCCUUUCGGGGCCCAUGGCCAGAGGAUGCCCCAGCAGGGCUACGGAGGACCUGGAGGCCCCAGACAGGCCAUGCCUAUGCAGGGCAUGAAGAGGCCCUAUCCUGGGGAGCCAAACUACGUGGGUCAGCAGUAUGGUCCUAACGUCAGUUCCCCUCCCCAGCAGAGUCAGUACCCCACCUCUAACCCAUCCAGGCCGAUGCCCUCCCCAAACUACCCCGGCCAGAGGAUGCCCGGGGGGCAGGGGCAAGGCCACUACCACCCGCAAGGCAUGCCCAUGGGGCAGUACUAUAGGCAAGAGCCAUUCAACGGUCAGAACAGAGGUGGAUACUCAUAUAGCCAAGGCAACGGGGCCCCCAGGCCAGGUAACUACCCCCACUCCCCGGUGCCUGGUAACCCCACUCCUCCUAUGACCCCCGGAAGCAGUAUGCCCCCGUACCUCUCGCCCAACCAGGAUGUCAAGCCCCCGUUCCCGCCUGACAUGAAACCAAAUAUGGCAGCGCUUCCACCUCCCAAUACCACAGAUACAUUUAAACGGAAAGCUGACGUCCUAUCUUCCUGUCCUGUCUCUCCGCUCCMAUCAGCCAAUCCCAACGAGGAGCUGCGGUUGACCUUCCCGGUCCGGGACGGUGUGGUAUUGGAACCUUUCCGGUUGGAACACAACCUCGCCGUCAGUAACCACGUCUACCACCUACGACCGUCGGUACACCAGACCCUCAUGUGGAGGUCAGACCUGGAGCUGCAGUUCAAGUGUUACCACCAUGAGGACCGACAGAUGAACACCAACUGGCCUGCCUCCGUCCAGGUCAGUGUCAAUGCCACACCGCUGACCAUCGAGCGGGGCGACAACAAGACGUCCCAUAAACCCUUGCACCUGAAGCAAGUGUGUCAGCCCGGCAGAAACACCAUCCAGAUCACCGUCACCGCGUGCUGUUGUUCGCACCUGUUUGUGCUGCAGCUGGUCCACAGGCCUUCAGUCCGCUCCGUCCUGCAAGGGCUCCUGAAGAAGAGACUCCUGCCUGCAGAACACUGCAUCACCAAGAUUAAGAGGAACUUCAGCAGCGUUGUGGCCUCGUCGGGUAACACCAGUCUAAAUGGGGAGGAUGGAAUUGAGCAGACCGCCAUCAAAGUCUCCCUCAAAUGCCCAAUCACUUUCAGGCGCAUCCAGCUGCCCGCCAGGGGGCAUGACUGCAAACACGUACAGUGUUUUGAUCUGGAGUCGUAUCUGCAGCUGAACUGUGAGAGGGGGAUGUGGAGGUGUCCUGUAUGCAAUAAAACUGCCUUGUUAGAGGGUCUAGAGGUGGACCAGUACAUGUGGGGAAUCCUCAACGCCAUCCAGAAUUCGGAGUUUGAGGAGGUGAACAUUGACCCAUCGUGUAGCUGGCGCCCGGUGCCCAUCAAAUCUGACCUCCAUAUUAAAGAAGACCCUGAUGGACCACUGGCCAAACGCUUCAAGACCAUGAGCCCCUCCCAGAUGACCAUGCCCAAUGUCAUGGAGAUGAUCGCCCAGCUGGGCCCUGGCCCCUCCCAUUACCCAUCAGGCCCUGCUCAGCACGGGGGCGUCGGCGCCGGGGGCAACCCAGGGGAGUACGGUGGCCCGAGAGGCCCAGGCAACACUUACCACGGUCACGGGAACUUUGACUUCGCCCACGGUAACCCCUCGGGCGGGGGAGGUGGUGGAGGUGGACCGAGAGGAGGAGGAUCCCCCAUGAGUGACUUUAUCCACACCCCUCAGCUGUCUCACCCCCCAGACUUCCCUGGGGGUCUUCUAUCCCAGGACAAGCCCCUCAGCCACGGCAUCAACGGCCCUAUGUCUCAUCCUUCCAGCACUGAUCAGUCCCAUAAUUCCAUGCAACAGCAGAGCUUGCACGCGCCUCCUCACCCCAACAACCAGUUGAUACAUCACGGUGGCAGCCAAUCAGGGCAGUCGUUACAUCACAGCGGCCAAUCGUUGCUGCCACCUCGCCAGCAGGCCCCGCCUCCCCAGCUGCAGCAAGGCCAGAACAGCCACCAGCACAGCGAUCUGAACUUUAACCCCUCCUCGGGCAUCGAAGGUCAAAUCAGUGGUGACAUGCCCGAGCCCUCCCUAGAUCUGCUUCCAGAGCUGGCCAACCCAGACGAGCUCCUGUCCUAUCUGGACCCCCCGGACCUCCCCUCCAACAGCAACGAUGACCUGCUCUCCCUCUUUGAGAACAAUUAACCUUUCGCCUCCCUCACCCCUCGAGCCAAACCCAAAUCUUCUCCACAGACACACACACACCACAGGCUGUGUGUCCAACCAGCUGGACUCUCCAUAGAGUCCAUAGACACACCGUCAUCCUCAUAUGGACUGGUAGUGGGGGCACUUCCCGAGUGGACUUACCCAAUGUGUAGUGCACUUCAGACCCAGGGUUCAAAGUUCAAACCCCCAGUCAGGUCACACCUCCUACACACCCGGGUUCACACCUCGUCGGACACACACACACACACAAUGUUUUGUCAAUUGUGGCAUAGACGUGUAGGUGGCAUGAGGUCAUCUGUCAGAACAUGAGAUGAGGAUGACAGUCUGGAUGUCAGGGAGUGGACACUGUGUGUGAAAGAGACAGGAAACAGGAAAUGCACUCAAGUCCUCACUUCCUCACACACACUCUUCCUCAUGUAAAGAAUCGCGGAGCUGCGGAGCUCCUCUGGCCGACAACAACACGUCGACAGCCAAUGUCGGCUGUCUAGUCCUUAAAUGAUAUUAUAUCGAAAGAAAACUGUGCAGCUAUUAAUCACGUUCUAUGCGUAUGACUUCACAGGCCGAACUCUCUGUGUGGGCUUUUAGGAAAAAGUGUUGUAGCAUUGUUUUAUCAUUCUUAUUUCCCCCAUUAUACAAAAAGGAAGAAAAAAAAAACAUACAAGAAUAGGAAAGAAAAGUCAUCUUUUUGUCCUGGCCAGUGUUUCUAUCAAUCCUAUUUUGAUGUGUGUUCUUCCAAGCCCUGAUCCCCUGAGACCACGACCUUUAACCCCUGACCUUUGACCUAAAUAAAGUGUGUUCUUAUAACCUGUGACCCUUAGCUCACAGUGUGUGUUUCCAUCGUGACAUCAGUCAGUCAGCACUGGGUCCGUUCCAUCCAUUCUACUGAAGCACAACAGACAGAGCCCCACACCACAUCACAGGCAGAGCACUGAGAGGAGAGACCAAGGCCUGUGGGGGAGGAUAGCUAGCCCAACCCAGUCUAUCGAAGAAUCAGCACUGUUAACUAUUCUGUCUGCCCAUCGCCCCGUCCAAUGUUGUUAAAGUUUCUCUUCCCUGAUAUUGCAGUACAAUGCCAUGUCGGGCUGUGGGCUGUACAAAAAUGAAUUUUACCAAUACAUUUGUUUUGGGUUAGAAUGAUAUAGAAUUGUGUGCGUGUGGGAGAGAGAGAGAGAGAGAGUGUGUGCGUGUGCGUGUGUGUGCGUGUGCAAGAGAAAGAGUGAGGAUGAGAUUGAUAGAAAAAGAGAAAAGAGAAGAGUCCCUGUUUAGUCUAUAAUAGACAGAAACAUCUAGUGUUGCAAAAUAUAUUCGGCCCUUGUAAUAGAGCCAGAAUUAAAGUUAGCCUGUUUCUCCCUCUUUAAGGUGAGUCUUCCUCUGUUCUACAGGCCUGCAAUUGCUCCUGUAACUAUACUGUACGGUUUGGCUCUACCAUGUGUUAAGAAGUGCAUGUGUGCCAAUGGCCUCUGUUCUAAAUUAGAGGGAAAGAAUAUUGUCUUUUUUAUUUUAUAGUCAUUGCAUUAUUUUUAUCAUGAUUUUAUUUGACAUUUUCUUGCAAAGGAAUGAUUUUGGUUAAUGGUAAUGUAUUGUCCAACUUUUUUAUUUUCAUGUUUGUUCCACUUUGACUGUUCAUUGUAAAAUUGCCAUGAAACAUCACCAAAGUUAUCCCACAGUUUGUAGGAGUUGGCCUGGACAUUACUAUAAUGUAAGAAUGAUGCCCUUCUAUGCUUUAAGCAUACUCCUAGGGAACCCAUCAAAAAUUAUUCUGAAUAAAUGUGUGGUUGCACUGCAUUUUCUGUGUCUUGUUACUGUUAAACUGUAUUUUGUCAUCUUAAAAAAAAAAAAAAAAAGGAAAAGCACACAUGAUCCCACAAUGGUUUAUAAAGACAAUAAUUUAAAAUGGUUGUCAUCCUGACAAUGUAUGCUUUAAAUAUAUUUGCUAAUGUAUUGAGGGAAAAGUGACUUUACCCCCAGUCUUUUUUUGUUUUAAGUCAAAAGUCUAAUACCCUCUGGAAUUGAAUGUGAGUUCUUUGACAUUUUUGUGCUACCCUCUUUUGUACAACACAAGAUCAUCAUGUUUAUUAUUCUAUCCUCGUAGCGUUUUUGAUAUUGUUCUCCUAUUUUAAGUUAUUACUUUGUUUAUCUAUUAAGUGACUUUGUGAGAAUAAUCAUAAUUUGGUUUACAUCAGAUUAUGUAGCCUACUAAAUGAAAUUGAAUAUUUCUAGAUCAAUCCGUGGAUAUUGUUAGGACUUAGGAAUGAUCCCCAAUGCUGGUUGAAUCACCUGAACACAACUGAUCCUUUGGUCUGUCUAUUUGUUGAAGACAAUGCACUGCCACAGCGAGGUAUUUUGACUCCCCUGCCCCGUCUGUCUGUAGAUCUGUGUAGACAUGAUGCUGAAGUCUGGUCUAUCAACGUUACUCUCUAUACGCCACAUAGAGGUUUGAGUCUUGUCCGAGGUUCAGGCUCCACACACAACUGUAGCUGGACAGUCAAUGGACACAAGUGGAGUGUGUUAGAGGAUGCAAUGUAUUUUCAUGGAAAGGAAAUGGGAGAUGUUGUGAUCCCCCCGACCCUCUCUACUCGGUCACUUAAAUGCAAGAGAAGAGAAAGAAACGGGUCUGGAGGGUCUAAGGAAUGCAUGUACAUUAUGUAAAUGACAAAUAGAGACUCAUUAACUUACAGAAAUGUAGACAUUUUCCCCACGCAGGGGACAAUGAUACGCAUUGUGUAUUUAGAAUUUGUAAAGUUUGCAUCCUCCUGUCAGAAGAGACUGUUGAAUUGUGGGAAAAGGAGUCCGUGUUUGAGAUAGUCUGUACAGUCCUCUCUCUCCGACCACAUUUGUUCAUUUAUGUAAGAUACUUUAUUAUCUACUUCUCAAACACGGCCAUUGGAAAAGGAAAAAAAAUACACAUCUGUUUCUUUUUGUGUAAAAUUCAACUUCUGUGUAUUUCUCUAUUACCUGUGUACUUUAUAAAGGUGCUACAACAACAAAAUAAUAAAGAUAAUUUUGAGGUACCAAUCGGGAUUUGUGGGAACCAUGAGUGGUUCCUAAAAAUUGUUGAUACAAAAUUUACAGUUUGUACAAUUUUGUCAAAUUUACAGUUUUUACACGAUUAGGCAAAAAAUAUUACUUCCGAGGUACAAUCUGAAGUGAUUGACACACCAGGUGGCAGUUGUCUUUUUUGUUUUGUACAUUCUGUGUACAGUCAUUUCAUAUACUAAACUGGUCAGAAAAAAAGAAUUGUGAUUUUUAGUCUUGCAAAACUGUAUGUAGUUAGAUGACGUGACAUCCUAAUAUUUAUCUAAUAAAUAUGUAUUCAAAUGAAA